CUGAACCGGGAGCCAUUUUAAGACUCCAACGAGGUAGAACAUGGAGUACCCUGAGGGACGGCCCCCUGAACUCUCAGCAAGUGAUUCAACACCAGCAACUUCAACAUCAGCAGUAAAGAGUUUCCAAGAUCUCCAAAUUCUUGUCGACUAUGGAGCUGAAACUGCCGAUGAUCCAAGUGCCAAAACUGCCAACGACCAAGGCACCCAAAAUCCCGCCGACCAUGGCGCCCAAGCUGAUGCCGGCAACGGCACCCAGGCUGCUGCCAGAACUCUGGGAGUCUUACUGGAGGGGAUAGAGAUGAGUAAAAGCCAGCAUGAACCUCCUUAUGAACUUGAGAACCAGUUUAUAUUGCGUCUGCCUCCGGAGCAUGCUUCUACUGUUAGGGAGAUGGUACAUUCCGGAAGUGCUGCCAUAAAGGAUAAACUAAAAAUUAACUUAUCUCCUGAUGGACGUCAUGCAGUUGUUGAAGUGGAAGAUGUCUCACUAAAUGCUAAGCUGGUUGACUUGCCUUGUGUUAUCGGAAGCCUGAAAACUAUCGAUAACAAAACCUUUUAUAAAACAGCAGAUAUUUCCCAGAUGCUUGUGUGCACUACUGAUGGUGAUCUCCACUCUUCUCCGGAAGAACAAGUUACCUCUACUGAUAUUAAAGUAAUUGGGGAAAGUGAAAAGGAGAGACAGAAAAAAUAUGUCUGGAAGCAUGGCAUUACUCCACCACUUAAGAAUGUCAGAAAGAAAAGGUUCCGCAAAACAACAAAAAAGGAGGUUGAUUUCAACCAAGUCGAAGAAGUCAGCUUUACUGAGUACAUUGACUCUCCUGAUGUGGAAAAAGAGGUGAAAAGACUACUGUGUUCAGAUGCUGAAGCUGUCAGUGCCCGAUGGGAAGUCAUUGCCGAAGGUGAAUCCAAGGAAAUAGAAAGUCAAGGUUCCAUUCCAGAUGCAAGUGGCUAUAAACAGGGUCAUAGCUCAUCAGAAUAUGAUAUGUUUCGGGAGAAGCUCAGUGAUUCUAGCAGCAGCGAUGAUGAGGACGAGGAUGAUGAUGAUGAGAGUGAUGAUGAUGAUGGUGAUGAUGAUGAAGAGGAGGAGGAUGACACUGAUGAUGAGGAUGAAGAGGAGGAAGAUUAUUAUGAAGAGAAUCUGCAAAGGGAGCUACAGGCCAAGUUAAUUGGAUCUGCCCACUAUGAGGCAAAGGAAGGAGCCAGUUCAAUAGUCAUGGAAAUUCAGAAGCAGAUUCAUUACUUGGAGAAAAAGCUCCGAGAGGUUCAAUGCAGAGCACAAAGACAGAAGGAACUCAUCAUGAAAGUGGAAAACCUGACACUCAAGACUCAUUUAUACUCCGUGCUGGAGCAGCUUAAGUUAGAGGAAAAACAAAAAAACGAGCAGGUAAGAAGUGUGUUUUCAAAUCAACCAGAAAACAUUUGA